CAGGCUCCGUCACAUCCAAGACCCAUUCAUAAAGCUUGCGGAACAACCCUGGAGCUAACAUCAGGUCAGGACUCUGGAUGAUGCAGACAGGACCCAUUCUUGACUUUACCGCCUGUCUCGCUUACUGCGUCAACUAUGGUCCUCCCGGAGAGACCCCUUCUCCCUGCGUCAUGGCGGAUACCACACACAUUGUUUCUUUUACGCCAUGAUGAGGAGCGAGACAGAACAGAUUACGCCGUUGGCGGUCGACCGUUGCGGUGCCGCUGUCUGUGUCGCAUCUCAAAUUUCGCAUCCAUUUUCAAAUGAGCUGCUUGGAACUGAAGCAUUACCGCAUUUUGUUCUCGCAAUCGCGCUGUCUGCUCCGUACAGACUACGCAAAAUCUGGCCGGCAAAAACGAGGGGAAAGAAAGGCCCCUUUUCUGCGCGCCGACAUACAGCAGUUCGCAGUACAUUCUCGUCGUCGCCGACUGUCCAGGACCACAACUUCGCCACUAAUGCAAGGCACAUCCAACCACGGUCCACUCAGCUCACACCUUUUGACUUUUCCAGAACGACCCCUAUCACGAGAGAAGCCCAAGCGAACCUGUGGUUCAGUGCGCGCUGUCACCUUUCACUCUGUAGCCCUGCUGCUCGUCGCGGUCCUGCGGUUUUGCCCUCUUGUCGUCUGCCCAAUCCCCCCGCCCCCUUUUUGCAAAACCACGAUGACGAGCCGGAAGACUACGAGAUAAGCUUGCAUCUAUUGGGUCACUUUUCCGUCUCUUGGCUCUCGUGGCCAACACAACACAACACAAGCCUAUUUAUUCGGGGCCACACUUCCACCUUGUGCGGCUGGCCUGACGCGGCCUGCAUGUGCAUUGCAAUGGGAAGUGGGAGGACGUGCCAGUCAUCAUCGUGAAUCCCUCUGCUGUGCCUCUCAGCGGUCAAAUAUCCCGGACUCG